AUGCCCUCAAGCUACUACGAAAAAGGAGAAUAUUUUGUAUCUGAGAAAGAGGUGGUGAAUGGAACAGUGACGCGAGACUAUGAAGAUUCAGAAGAAUGGUCUCGAGGCCGACGCCCUCCACAUAAUGCUAUAACUGAUUUUGCAUACGAUCGAGGCGGCUCAACCCGUUCCACUUUGCCCCCGCCCAGCUACAGGAGCCCGGGAUUAAUGAGGCGCGGAGAUACGGGAAUUCGCGACAACGAUCGCUGGGUAGAUAGCCGCCCGCGAUCUCGAGACGUCUACCAAGAAGAAGAUCCACGCGAUCCGUGGUCCAGUAGAUUUGCUGAAGUCGUCCCGCCACCAAGAGCUCGUUCGUAUAGUCGGUCUUCUAAUUAUCCGGAACCUCGCCAAUUUGAAGAACUUCGCCGCAGUCGUUCCACCGACAAAUAUAGAGAGCCGAUGGAUUACCCGUCCUCCCGUGACUACUCGUUUACGCGUGAUGCUCCGUAUUAUAGCGUACAGUCAAAGGAUCGUUUGAGCGAUCAUGGAUCAAGACAUGAACUCCGUCAAGUUAGUAACGAAGUAGCUUCUCGUCCCGGCUCCCCUGGUCCUGUUGCUGGCGCCGGGGAUAUCGUAAAUACAGCGCACGGCUUCACGAUCUCUUUGGACGUCAAGCACUUCCAGCCCCAAGACAUAAGGAGAAAAUACUCAAUGCCUUCUGACAUCCGCCUAGAUUCCGUCGUUUCCCAUUUGACUGAUAAUGGUUAUUUGGUGAUUACGGGAAGUCGCAAAGGCUGGAAAGAAACCCAAAUUACAAUGCACACCGCUGGACGACCACCACGCGGCUCGUCUGUCAUCAGCAAUGUC